AUGAACAACGUGACAGAAUUCAUUCUGCUUGGCCUAUCGCAGAACCCACAUGUUGAGAAACUCUUGUUUGCACUGUUUACAAUAAUCUACCUGCUCACCCUUGCAGGUAACCUACUCAUUGUAGUGACCAUCACCUCCAGUCCAGCCCUAGGUACCCCCAUGUAUUUUUUUCUGUCUUUCCUGUCCUUCAUAGAUGGCAUUUUCCCUUCUACCGUGGCUCCCAAAAUGAUUAUUGACUUACUGGCCAAAAAGAAAACCAUCUCAUUCAGUGGAUGCAUGACUCAGCUCUUUGUAGAGCAUUUCUUUGGAGGAGCUGAGAUUAUUCUACUUACGGUGAUGGCCUAUGACCGCUAUGUGGCCAUCUGCAAACCCCUUCACUACAUGAUCAUAAUGAACCGUCAAGUGUGUGGCUUCCUGGUGGCCAUGGCAUGGACUGGAGGAUUUCUUCAUGCUCUGAUUCAAGUUCUUUUUAUAGUCUGGUUGCCUUUCUGUGGUCCCAAUGUUAUUGAUCAUUUCAUCUGUGAUCUUAUUCCUUUGCUGAAACUCACCUGCACUGACACCCACAUCUUUGGACUCCUUGUUACUGCCAACAGUGGUCUGAUGUGUAUGCUCAUAUUCAUUAUUCUUAUGUCUUCGUAUGUCCUCAUCCUUUGCUCCGUAAGAACUCACAGCUCUGAAGGACAGCGAAAGGCUCUUUCCACAUGUGCCUCCCAUAUUACUGUAGUUAUCUUAUUCUAUAUACCCUGUAUAUUUGUGUACGUUCGGCCCAUAAUCUCCUUCCCCAUUGAUAAAGCAGUAGCUGUGUUUUAUACUAUGGUCACUCCCAUGUUAAACCCUCUAAUCUACACCCUCAGAAAUGCAGAAGUGAAAAACGCAAUGAAGAAGCUCUGGAGUCACAGAGUGUUCUUAAGUAAAAAUUAA